AUGAAGGAGAUAGUAGCAGCAUCACGGCUGUAUCUGACAACUAUAUCUUCUGGAUAUCCAGUGACUGUUGGGAAAGACCAGCUGACAACUGUGAAUAGUACAGUGACACCAUGGAGAGACAGGUGGCAGCUAGGAAAGACUGGCAUAGGGGUAAACUGUCCCAGCAAGUCAGUUUACGUUCUUCGUAAGAAGAAACCCGAGCAAGCUACAGAAAGACAACACAAGAAAUACCCCCAAGGUCGUACGAGAGUGGGGGAGGAUGAUCGACCUACAAGCCAACAGGUAACGAACACGCCCGAUCAACCGACAACGAAUCAGAACACGGACUGGGCAAGAACAUGUAGUUGUGGGAAGGUGUGUAAGAAUAAGGUGGGACUGAAGAUUCAUCGCACAAAGAUGGGAUGCGCACCAAUCCUAAAUCUGUUGCAACGCGCAAUGCAACUUGGUGAGACGGAGGAGGAGCUGGAUCAGGAUGAACACCACAGUGUCCAGAGCCUCCACGCAUCAGAAGAGGGUGAGGUUACCAUUGAUAACGCAGAGAGGACUGAAGAUCGAGCUGCGGUAGAAUCUACAGAGCGACGGAAGAAAGUGAUGUGGCCCGCAAGUACAGAGAGAGCGAAGUGGAAGGCGUUUGAAGAGGAGCUGGAACUGGUAAUGGAGAACGUUCUGAAAGGCAAAGUAGAGAGCAAGCUGCAUGUCAUGUCUGAGCUGAUCUACACAUUUGGAAAAGAGCGAUUCGGAACAGCUAAAGAGAAAGUCGGACAACCCAAGGUUGGCGGGAAUAGAAGACUGCAGAAGAUUUCCAACCUAAGGGGAGAACUCAGACGCUUGAAAAGCAGAUACAGACAAGCAGAGGAUGAGGAGAAACAAGGUCUGGCAGAACUGAGAGAUGAUGUACGGAAGGAGAUCCAGUGUUUACGGAGAGCAGAGAAUCUGCGCCGGAAGAGACACGAGAGAAGGCGAAAGAGAGCUCAGUUUACUAGCAAUCCAUUUCAGUUUGUGAAGCGUUUGCUCGGAGAAAAGAAGACAGGCGAACUUCAAUGCACAAAAGAGGAGGCAAACAAGUACAUCAAAGAUAUGUACAGUGACAGCGACCGUCACAAGGAACUGGGCGAGUGCGACAAGUUGCUCACACCAGAUGAUCCUGAACAUGACUUUGAUUGCGCAGAACCUAGGUUGCAAGAAGUCAAGGACAUUGUAAGGAAGGCCAGAGCGUCUUCAGCACCAGGACCCAAUGGAGUACCGUACAGAGUAUACAAGAACUGCCCCAAGAUCUUGCUACGGUUGUGGAAGCUUAUAAAGGUUGUUUGGAGGAAAGGAGAGCUUUGCAGAGAAUGGCUGAAGGCAGAGGGAUGUUUUAUUCCUAAAGAAGAGGAUUCGUCAACCCUUGGUCAAUUCAGGACUAUCUCUUUGCUGAACGUGGAAGGGAAGAUACUCCUCGCUGUCCUUUCAAAAAGAAUUACCUCUUAUUUGCUUCAGAACAAGUACAUAGAUACAGCUGUGCAGAAAGGAGGAGUACCCGGUGUAUCUGGGUGCAUCGAGCAUACCAGUGUCAUCACCCAAAUCAUCAAGGAAGCACGCGAGAACAAAGGAGACAUCGCAGUGAUCUGGCUUGACCUAGCAAAUGCAUAUGGUUCUGUUCCGCAUCAGAUGAUACAAAAGACUCUACAAUUGUAUCAUGUAACCGUUCGAUUUCGGCAGAUGUUGCGGCACUAUUUCGACGGCUUCAUCAUGAGAUUUUCAACAAGGGCAAUAACCACUGACUGGCAGAGACUUGAAGUAGGCAUCAUUACCGGGUGCACAAUUUCAGUGGUGCUGUUCGCAGCAGCCAUGAAUCUGAUAGUGAAGUCAGCGGAGAAGCCAUCAAGAGGACCCAAAAUGACUUCGGGGUGUAUCCAACCACCAACGAGGGCAUUUAUGGACGAUAUGACUAUUACAGCAAAGUCGUACGUCGAGGGAAGGUGGAUGCUGCAAGACAUUGGCGAACUUAUCGAGUGGGCCAGAAUGAAGUUCAAACCCCAGAAAUCAAGGAGCAUGGUUUUGAGGAAAGGAAAGAUUCAAAAGAGUGCAAGAUAUAGAAUCAAAGAUCAGCUCAUCCCUACUGUUAAGGAGCAACCAGUGAAGUGCCUCGGGAAGUGGUUUCGAGACUCACUCAAUGAUAAACAGAGUAUCAAAGACACGGUAGUGCAAAUGGAGAACUGGUUGAAAGAUGUGGACAAGUGUGGUCUGCCAGGAAAAUUCAAGGCCUGGAUUUACCAACAUGGCAUCCUACCACGCCUAUUGUGGCCGCUGCUGGUGUACAGUGUACCGUCAUCAACAGUGGAAGCAAUGGAGAGGACAAUAAAUUCAUUCCUCAGGAGGUGGAUGGGGGUGCCAAAGAGUUUCACCAGCCUCGGUUUGUACUGCACAGGCAGCAAGCUGCAGAUACCUCUCAGAUCACUGACGGAGGAAUACAAGGUCACAAAGGCUCGGAAAGUCAUUAUGCUACGAGACAGUAGAGAUGAGAAGGUUAGAGAAGCAGGAGUGCAGGUCAACACCGGGAGAAAGUGGAGGGCUGACAAGGCAGUUGAAGAGGCUGAGGCUCGUCUUCGGCACAGCGACAUUGUCGGUAAUGUUGCACACGGGCGACUAGGCUUCGGAUGCGUCACCCGUUCGCAGUGGAGCAAAGCCAGUGCAAAAGACCGACGCACCCAAGUGCAGGAAGAGAUUCGCCGAAUGGAGGAAGAAUCCAGGCUCACCAGAGCUGUUACCCUACGGAAACAGGGAAAAUGGCUGAACUGGGAGGGAGUACCCCAGAGAAAGCUUACAUGGAAUGCGAUCUGGACCAUGGAAAGCGACAGACUUAGUUUCUUGCUCAAGUCUGUCUACGACGUGCUGCCAAGUCCAACAAACCUAGUGACUUGGGGUUUUGCCGAAAAGCCAGAUUGCAAGCUCUGUGGAAGACCAGCGAAUCUGGAGCAUGUCCUGAGCUCAUGCAGGACAGCCCUGUCUGAUGGUCGAUACAGAUGGCGUCACGACAGGGUUCUUGCUUCAAUGGCCGAUCAUCUAGAUCAAGCACGAAAAGCGCAGAAGACGACCAACAAAGGCCCCUCAUUCAUUUCCUUUGUCAGAGCCGGAGAAGAAGGGGCAAAGGCCAAACGCGCAUGUGGGAUUCUUGGAACGGCAACAGAUUGGAGAAUGGAAGCAGACUUGAAGAAACAGCUCAAGUUUCCACAGGAGAUCACCGUGACAAACCAGAGACCCGACAUAGUACUGUGGUCAGCGGCAUCAAAACAGGUUGUGAUGGUGGAGCUCACAGUACCAUGGGAGGAGCGGAUUGAAGAGAGCUUCGAACGGAAGCGCGAAAAGUACCAGGCCCUCACAGAUACCUGCACAGAGAAAGGCUGGAAGGCAUGGUGUUUUCCAGUGGAGGUGGGCUGCAGAGGUUUCCCAGCACAAUCACUGUGGCGCACUUUCAGCAGACUAGGGGUUACAGGACAGGUCCGGAAACGGGCCAUAUCGGUUGUUGCACGUGAAACGGAGUCUGCUUCCUUGUGGCUAUGGCGGAAGAGAGAGGAGAAGUGGAUAGGAGGACGUAGUGGGACAGUGCCGAAACGUCCGAUGAAUAUGGACCCACCUGAUGAAGGAGAUAGUAGCAGCAUCACGGCUGUAUCUGACAACUAUGUCAUGGUCUAA